AUAAGCCUAUCUCCGCUUGCGAGUUCCACCCUCCCGCGCCCCCGCCUAUCACCCACCACCAAUCUCCGCCCUUCCUCAGGGGACUGCCUAACUGAACCCUUCACCUGAAAGAAUCCAUCGACUCUGAAAACUUGUCAACACCUACACAUAUCAAUUGCAGAGUGCAGAUAUUGUGAUAUAUACUUAUGAAUGGCGUGGAGGGAGCUUGGGAAAAAGAGCAUUCGUGCUAGUCUUUCAAGGCUUCUGACUCCAACAACAUCCAGACAUACAGCUCUAUCCAGUUCAUUCUCUGGCCUAGAGUUAAAAUCUUCUUCACCUUCAAUUCAAUGCAUACGAGAAUCCCAUCUUUUUCACACGACCCCACAACUCCUGGGCAGAAGAGGAGACAGAGAUGAUACAGUCGGCCUACAAACUCAUAAAAAAGGAAAAUUCAAAAAAAGGCCUGAAAAUGCAAAACCACCAGUUGAAGCUCCAUACAUCCCUCCUAAACUCAAAAAGCCCACCAAAUCAUCUGCAGAUAAAACCAUUGAAAUAUUCGAAGGCAUGACAACUUUAGAGCUUGCUCAAAGAUGUGGUCAAUCUGUAGCCAUGUUACAGAGCAUUCUUGUAAAUGUGGGCGAAAAAAUCGGGUCAGAAUUCGACCCGUUAGGCAUCGACAUAGCUGAACUAAUCGCAAUUGAAGUUGGUGUAAACGUGAAAAGGCUGUAUUCAUACGAAGGCUCAAUAGUUGUCCCGCGGGCCCCAGUGGUAACAGUCAUGGGCCACGUGGACCACGGUAAAACCUCAUUGUUAGACGCGUUACGCCAAACAUCAGUAGCAGCAAAAGAAGCAGGAGGCAUAACACAACAUUUAGGUGCGUUUGUUGUCAGCAUGCCAUCUGGCGCUUCCAUAACCUUCCUCGACACGCCUGGACACGCCGCCUUCAGCGCCAUGCGUGCACGCGGUGCAGCCGUCACCGACAUCGUCGUCCUAGUCGUCGCUGCUGACGACGGUGUCAUGCCGCAGACAAUCGAAGCCAUGUCACACGCCAGGUCAGCAGACGUCCCGAUUGUCGUCGCGAUUAAUAAAUGCGACAAACCUGCGUCUGACCCGGAGCGGGUCAAAGUCCAGCUGGCAUCAGAAGGGUUGCCGUUGGAAGAAAUGGGCGGGGAUGUGCAGGUGGUUGAAGUAUCCGCGGUUACUAAAACGGGUCUGGAUCGGUUAGAAGAGGCUCUGCUUCUUCAAGCCGAAUUAAUGGAUUUGAAAGCGCGGGUUGACGGGGCGGCUCAGGCGUAUGUUGUGGAAGCCAGGCUGGACCGGGGGCGGGGCCCGCUGGUGACGGCGUUGGUGAAAGCGGGGACUUUGGUUGUCGGGCAGCAUGUGGCGGUUGGGGCGGAGUGGGGGAAGAUACGUGCGAUUAGGGAUACGAGUGGGAAACCAACCAAUCAGGCGACGCCAGCUAUGCCGGUUGAGAUUGAAGGGCUGAAAGGGUUGCCAAUGGCGGGUGAUGAUAUUACUGUUGUGGAUUCGGAAGAAAGGGCGAGGAUGUUGAGUGUUGGUAGGAAGAAGAAGAUGGAGAAAGAUAGGCUUAGGAAAAUGAAUGAAGAAAAACUUUCCCUUUCUGGAACAGAAUCGUUUUCAGAAGAAAACGAAAACGAUUCUGUUCCAGAAAGAGUUGAACUGCCCAUCAUCGUCAAAGGCGAUGUUCAGGGAACAGUUCAAGCUGUUACGGAUUCGUUGAAAAGUCUGAAUAGUCCGCAGGUUUUUGUGAAUGUAAUUCAUGUUGGAGUGGGGCCCAUUUGUCAGUCGGAUUUGGAUUUAGCACAAGCGACCGGCGCGUGUAUCGUUGGGUUUAACGUGCGGACCCCACCACAUUCUGUUACUUUGGCGGCUGCUCAAGCGAAUAUAAAGAUCAAAGUGCAUAGAGUGAUCUACCAUCUUCUAGAAGACAUUGGGAACUUCAUAGUGGAAAAAGCCCCUGGAACAUAUGAAACAGAAGUAGCUGGUGAAGCGCAAGUGCUCAACAUCUUUGAGCUGAAAGGAAGAAGCAAAUCCAAAGGAGAUGAUGUCAAGAUUGCUGGUUGCAGAGUCAUGGAUGGUCAAGUCAUGAGGUCAUCAACCAUGAGACUUUUGAGAAGUGGUGAAGUUGUGUUUGAAGGGUGUUGUGUUUCUUUGAAAAGAGAGACUCAAGAUGUUGAAACUGUUCAAAAAGGGAAUGAAUGUGGACUUGUUCUUCGCGAUUGUUUUGAUUUCCAGAUUGGUGAUGUUAUUCAAUGCUUGCAUCAAGUUAACAAGAAACCCAAGUUUAUAUCUUCUGAAAGUGGGGCUGUUCGUAUCGAAUGCUAAGUUCAAAUCCCCGUUUUUUGUUUCAAGAAUUUAUAACUUAUAUUGAGAAAAUUUUGUCGUCUCUUGUUGUAAACUUGAGGGAUCAUUAGAGAAAGUUAACAAUAAUAUUGAUGGGACAAAAAACUGUAAUUUUAUCCGAUACAGUCUCAAUCCAAACUGUUAUGUUAUCCUAUGUUA